AUGUCAAAUGCCGAGAAAGUUGUCGGCUAUCCAACUUCAUUUAUGAGCCUUCGUUGUCUUUUAAGCGAUGAAUUAUCAAAUGUUGCUCUGCAAAUGCGUAAAUUGGUCGGUACAAAUCACCCUUUAUUAAAGACAGCAAGGGGAUUGCUUUAUGACAGCAAACACAAUCUGCAAACACGUGGUUUGAUUGUUCUGCUCAUUGCCAAAGCUGCUGGACCAGCAAAAAAUUCAAGCACCACUGACACCAUGAUUGCUGGCAUCUCCCCCAGUCAACGCACUUUGGCUGAAAUUACCGAGAUGAUCCACACAGCUAAGCUCAUCCACAAAGGUGUCAUUAAUCUGAGCCGCAUGAAGGAUAUUGACAAAACAGAAAGAGAUGAACUUCAUUUUGGGAAUAAAAUAGCCAUAUUGAUUGGUGAUUUCCUCUUAGCCAAUGCAUGUACAGCAUUGGCAGAGCUGAGAAAUACAAAAGUUGUUGACAUGAUAUCCAUUUCCAUUAAAGAGAUGAUGGAAUCAGAAUUCACAGACUUCUUGGAUGUUGAUGGACAUCCCCAGCUGAAAGAAACUGUCACGUUUAGUGAUUGGUGUCAAUACACAUACUUAUCUUUUGGUAGCCUUCUUGCUCACAGUUGUCAAGCAGCUGCAAUUCUUGCAGGACACAACAGACACAUCCAGGAAUGUGCAUUUGAAUUUGGUAAAAACCUUGCUUAUGCCCAUCAGUUAAAUGAUGAUAUGAAGCCAUUUGUAGACUCCACAAAAGGAUCUGCAAUCUCCAUCACUGCUGCUACUGCUCCACUUGUGAACCUGAUUGAAAAGCAAGGUAGCAACGUGUUUCCAUCUUUGAUGACAGCUUUCACAUCACCAGCUCAAAAAAUGAAGGUGAGUUUUUUUCCAUCGCUUUUUUUUUCCAAUUUCUUUGAAGUUUUUGUUUCUCUUCUUUGA